UCCGCAAUGCUUACACAUCUUAAAUUUCGCCACAUUCUCUGUACAGUUCAAUCCAGCAGGCCAGAAACCCUAAUCUCUUUUACCCAAUUGGUUAGAUAUUGUCAUUUUCAAUUGAAAACGGGUUUCAAUUCUUCGAAUCCUUCCUCAUGUUUAGCACCAAAGAAAAUUUCUGAAAACAGUGUUGCAAUUUUCUGGGAUUUGGAUACCAGACCACCCAAAUCAGUCUCACCGUACAAAGCCGCCGUCAAGCUCAAGACUGCGGCUUCAUCUUUCGGGAUUGUCCGGCAUAUGAUAGCGUAUGCGAAUCGAAAUGCGUUGAAUUAUGUUCCACAAGUUGUUUGGGAAAGGAAAGAGAGGAAUAGGGUUGUGAUUAGGGAUGGUGAGUCGAAUACAUGUCCGGUUUGUGGGAGAAGAUUUUAUACCAAUGAGAAGCUUAUGAAUCAUUUUAAGCAGAUUCAUGAGACGGAACAUGUGAAGAGGUUGAAUCAGAUUGAGUCUGCUAGAGGGAGUAGGAGAGUGAAGUUGGUGGGUAAGUAUUCCAUGAAGAUGGAGAAGUAUAAGAAUGCUGCAAGGGAUGUUUUGACAACCAAGGUGGGGCGUGGUUUAGCGGAUGAGGUGGAGCAGGCAGGGUUUUGGAUUCGGAGUGUGUUGGAUAAGCCACAGGGGGUGAAAGUCGCAUUGAGACAUCACAUUGUGGACAUGAUGGAUCACAGGAGAUUUGACUGUUUGAUGCUUGUGUCGGAUGAUUCGGAUUUUGUGGAUGUUGUGAUGGAGGCAAAGUUGAGAUGUCUGAAGACGGUUGUUGUGGGGGAUUUUGGCGAUGGGGCUCUGAAGAGGGCUGCGGAUUCUGGUUUUUCUUGGAAUGAGAUUUUGAUUGGGAAGGCUAAAAAGGAGGCAGUGUCAGUUGUGGGGAAAUGGAAAGACCGUGAUGUGUUGAAGAGAUUGGAGUGGACAUACAAGUCAGAUGAGGAUCAAAGUUUGCAUAAAUGGAAUGAUGAGGUUUAUGGUGAAAGCGAGAGAUUGGAGUGGACAUACAAGACAGAUGGGGAUCAGAGUUUGCAUAAAUGGAAUGAUGAGGUUUAUGGUGAAAGUGAGGAUGACGAUAUCGAAGGUUUUGUUGGUGAGGCGAAUGACAAUUUGGGGAAGGAUGAUACUUGCAGUUGGUGGGAGCUUGACUCUGAUUCCGAGGCCAUUUCAUCACAAUCAUCCCGAUGACACACGACUCCUUGUGAAACCUGGUCGACUAUCAUGUAUUCUACUGAGUUUGUGAUUUUGGUCAGGUUCAUGAUGGGAAAGGUGAGGAAAAAGCAUAGGCAAAUUCUGUUUUGUGGUAGUACUCAACAGGUAUAUUCAUCUUUUACUUUAUUAUUUUAACUUUCUUACCCAUUCGUUUUAAAAAUCAUCUAAGAGUCAGCAAGGAAAAUGUUGUGUUAUAGCUUCUUUAGCAUGGAUUCGAGAUGAAGUGAUAGAUUGUUGUAGUCAUUCAUCAUGUGAUAAGAGCUGUGAUUAAAAAAAAACAGAAAUUUUGGAAGAAACAUUCUAUGAAAUGCUGCCUAGAAAGAACAAUCAUAAGGAUUUGACGUAAGAUAGGAGUGCCAGCUGUCGACUACCUGAUGCCCUCCCCCUCCUCCUUUAUCCGGGCUUGGGACCGGCAAUGUAAGAUAAACUUACACAGGCGGAGUUGCUGCCUAGAAAGAAAUGCAGACAAAUAUGUAAAUAGUUCUACUUUAAAUUAUUUAAUAGUUAAUACAUUGCUGCAAGAGUGUUUGCAUUGCAGUUGGUGGUAUUAGGUCCGCCGAUAUACAGGUAAAGCGUAUAUGAUAUUGUGAUAAUAUUAUUUUUACAUAUUUCAAAAGAAAACGAAUAAGUUAAUUAAUUGUUGAAAUGCAAUCUAACUAGGAAAAACAGUUAUUUCUUAAAUUGGCGUAAAAAUUAUAAUAUUUGUAAACUACAUUUUCAUUCCGACCAAAAACUUUAUUUCUGAAAAGGAUUUGAUCCUUUACCUCUCAAUGAAAAAUUUUAUGAUAUAGUAAUGCUAUUUUUUCAAUCUGGUUGCUUGUUCGAGAAACAAGCAUGCUCGAACUUUUACUUUUAACAAUGUAUAAACUUCUCAUUUUCAUGAAUCUUUGGGUGCGUACCAGGUGGCACAGGUAGUGCAGAGGGUUGAUGAGCAUAUAUUCUCAGCUGGUACAACAGCCUGGUGCUCAACAGCCAUCGUGGGUUCCCUGCUUUAAAAUGAUAGGCAAAAACGUGUGCGAACCCAUGCUAUACAGAAAUACGCAACUGAAGUGAUCAAUCCAACAGUUCAAGCUGUUAAUCAUACAAUUGAACAACACCACUCUCACGUAAAUGUAAUCUUCUGUUUCCGUCGUAGAUCGAGUCCCUUUUGUUUACAGUUAUUGUAGAUUUAAGUAUUGACAUGCCUGUAUUAUGUUGAUCUUCGUAAGUUAAGUUUUAUUUUCGGCUUCCUAAUUGUGUAUGCUUGUACUUGUUAUUCCCCCUACUGCUAGAAAGAUGAAUCAAUUUGGUUAAUUUCUUUC